UCUCUUUAUGACCGCCAGGGAGAGCCCUCAGCCCACUAGUUGAGCAGAAAACAGUAGAAGAAGAAGACGACCACGGCACGGACAGACAGACGCGACACAGAACACACUGCUCCUAAAAUGUCUGCUCCUAAAAGCAUUCCAAAAGAUGCUCAGGUGAUGAUCCAGAUCCUGAAGGACAUGGGGGUGACCGAAUACGAGCCCCGUGUCAUCAACCAAAUGUUGGAGUUCACUUACAGAUACGUGACCAGCAUCAUCGAGGACGCAAAGAUCUACGCCACGCACGCCAAGAAGUCCAACGUGGACGCCGACGACAUCAAACUGGCCAUUCAGUGCCGCAUGGACCAGUCCUUCACGUCGCCGCCUCCCAGAGAUUUCCUGUUGGAGGUGGCCCGGCAGAAGAACCAGACGCCGCUGCCGCUCAUCAAACCCUACACGGGGCCCCGCCUCCCCCCGGACCGCUACUGCCUGACCGCCCCCAACUACCGUCUCAAGUUCCUGCCGAAGAAGGCGCUGUCGGCCGGCAGGAUAACGGCGCCGCGCCUCAGCGUCGGCGCAGUUUCCAGCAGACCGGCUACGCCCACACCAGGAAACGUGUCGGUUCAAUCGGUGGGCGGCGCCAAGGCGGUACCGCCGGUGUCGCUGACGGGUCAGAGGUUCACCGUGCAGAUCCCGCCUCCUUCGCAGAGCGCCGGCGCCAAAAGCGCGCCGCUGACCGCGCCUGCCGCUUCCGGCGUGCUCAUCAACCCUUCUCUGAUCGGCUCCAAGAACAUCCUCAUCGCCACCAAUGUGGCCGCUCAGAGCGGCGGCGGGGAAGCGCUUAAGAGGAAACACCAGGACGACGACGAUUAUGACACCUUGUGACAAAACACGCACACGCUAGGACUUUUUUUUCCACUUUUAAUCCUAAAAACAAUUUCAAUUAAAAAAAACAAAAAAACAAAUGUGAAUGAUUAUGACCAAGCAUUAAAGUCGCUUCCUGUUUGUGGCAAAAGUUAGCGCACAUUUUGACACAUCACGCGCGGCAAAAAAGUUAGCGCACAUGCACGACUAAAACGACCACGACGACCAAUCACGGCACUGCAAAGAACAUGCUCCGCCUCUUUCCCUUUGGGGGCGCGGCCGUACGGAGCCGAAUGUUCCCCGGGACGUACUUCUUACUGGCAAAACGGGAUCAUGGCACUUUAACCUUUCAAAAUAAAAUCUUCAAAUAUAAACGAGGCUGUGAAAAGAGGUCUAUUCGAAAGCAAAAAGGCGGCGCGGAAAUAUCUCAACUGUUGCGGGCGACGCCCCCUGCAGGUAUCGACACUUUGCGACAAAAAAAAAAAAAAAAACAUCUGUACAAGACGCCAUCAUCAAUCGCCACUGGGGGAAAAAAAUGCUAAACAUUCAUAAAGAUUUGAAAAUGAACAGGUGACAAAUGCCUAACUUCUUUGUUUAUAUACUUCAAGUGACUGUUUUAUCUUCCUUGUAGAUGGAUACUCAAUCCAAACAGUUUUUUUUUUUUUUUGAGCAAGGAACAGGAAGUCCCAAAAUUAAAAACCCGCUUUGGCAAACUACCGUCAACGGCAAAGAGUGGUGAGGUAAGGGCCGUCGUUUGCCCAAAACCCUUCAUUGACCUCGCGGCGUGCCCGACCAAAACCUACGACGGAGUAUCGGGACCAAAAUAAAGAAAAAAAUGAGGACGAGAAUAAAAUGUUAUUAUGUACGGCUAAUGUCGUUGAAUUAGCUGCAGGGUACUGUACUUUGGCCACCUAUUAAAAUCAAAAAUUUUGAAAGCGUCUCGCGAGGCUGUGAACAGCUAAGCAAAUCCUUCAUCUUUUCCAUCAAAUUAUAAUCCAAGGAUUUUUUUUUUUGGUCAUAGCUCACAGCUAAAGGAAGCUAAUUUACGUAUCCCCACAUUAGCCGCACGUGAUAACAGCGCUUUUUUCUCACACCGAUAGUACAAUUUGAAUGGGUUUUUUCUUGGGCCCCGAUACUCUGGCGAAUUCGACGGAUCCCUAUGUGGGCGGACGACGGGAGUACGACCUCGAUGUCCGUUCGCGGUAGUCCCCGGUAAAAACUGAGCGUGUCUCGGUAGUCGAUGAGAAAAAGAGGUCGGCGGAAAACGACUAGCGUGAACAGCUGCAAAGAAAUGAAAGUCAAACAAAGUGGUCUGUUGGCUAGCGUACCAAUUGAACACAUGAAAACCUCACUUAAAUACAAAGAAGCUUCACCGUAGUAUUUGUAAGAAGAUCCUUCGAUCAAAAGGAAACGCUUAGACGAUGGCGGCGACGCCCAAAUUUGGCGGGAAUGUUACGUGCGUGCGUGUACAUGUGUUGAGGCGCGCGAGCGUCUCUCCUAGCAGUCCUCGUCCUUGUCGUCCACCGCGCCUUUGAGGCGAAGGCGAGCGAAGUCCUCGAAGACGAAGUCGUCGUCCUGAGAGACGCUGCUGAGAAAACGGCGGUGCCGUCAAACUCUGCAGUGGCGGCGGCGGCGGCGACAUUUUAAAGCCGUUUAAACUCACUUGGUGUCGAACUCUAUCAGGUUGGUGUCGAUGGGCGGGUCCGACUCCGGCGCGGCUGACGCAAAGACGCGCGCGGGUUAGCGCGAGGCGGGAGACCCCGGCAGGCGGGCGGCCACUGCGGAGCGUACUCACCUGACUGCGGCCGUGACGCGGGGGGCUCGGCCGGUUUGGGGUGCAUGAGGAUGAACGGCAGCUCCACAGAUACGUCUCUGUCAUGGGAAAGUGGCACAAACUUCACAUUAGCCAUCAAGCUAAGCUGAACUAUGCAUUUGAAGGGAUGUAGUCAUGAAAACCUGAAAUAUUUGGUUAUGUGCAGUAAGCGACAUGUAGUCCAUUUCUUAAAGGGUACCUUGGACAGAAAGACAUAGUUUUUCAAAAGAUAAAAUAUUAGUACAAGUUAUGAUAAUUUGAUAUUAAAAACCCUCCUAAUGUUUUCAUUUCAAUAACAUUUAAAAUUAUUUUGACUAGUAGGUCGCCAUUGUUGUUGACAUCGCUGGCCGGUGACGUCACAGGGCCACGCUGCCAUACUUCAGAGUCACUCUAUUAAAAAAAAAAAAAAACUGCCACUCUUUAAUUAUGUAAGGUAGUGAUUUGAAUACGCUAUAAGGUGUCAAUGGAGAGUUUCAAAUGAAUUAGGGCUCAAACUAAUGAGUGCAUUUUGUCCCUUGACUGAUGCCGUAGUUUUCCUUUAAUGCACAACGUCAAGACACACCUGUGAAUGGCCACAGCUGGAUUUUAUGAGUGAAACACAGUCAUAUAACAAGGGGCGCGAUACAGAAAUCGCAGACAUCAAGGAGUGGUCGAGAUUUUCUUUUUCAUAUAUUUACCCUUUUAACGAUAUUUUAUCUAACAUAACGGAGAAAAUGCGACAGUAACAAAAAAACAAUUCAACUGAGCGAUAGUUAUGAGGUAGAUAUCCGUGACUUUUUUACAGAUGCUAUUUUUUUCAUUGUGACAUUUGUUUAAAAGUUUAAAAUGUGCGAGUGAAUAAUUUUUUAAAGUUUUUUUUUUUUUUUUUUUAAAUAUGAGACAUCAAUUAUUGAUUCUAAGCUAAAAAUGACAUUUUGAAUAAUAAAUAUAAUGACUUACCUUCAUUUUAUGGCUAGGUUGAAACAAAAGCGGUUGCGCGACGUCUGUAAACGGGGGUCUUCAGGGUAAAACGGACAGAUUAAAAAUAGAUGGGGGGCUUCAUGCGCCGUGAAUCUGCUAUGGCAGCAUAUAGACAUUGUUCUAUCAAACGGAACAGUUGUUUUGGCUCAAAAUACAGCAGUUUCUUUUAAAGAGGAGUGCAAGAGCAGAAACUGCUUUUUCAGUCUUGUCUGUGUUUUCCGCCAUUUGCAAAAUACACAUAAAACUUAUUCAGACUUUGGUUUAACUCUAAAUUUAGCAACUCGUUUAGUUCAACCAAUACACUGGAUGGCCAUAUUUAGUCACAAUAUACAAACGAUGAUGCUGGGAGACAUUAUCUGACUAAUAUGGCGUCAGUCAAGGGACAAAACGCACUCAUUUUCUUGAGCUUUUAUUUUUAAAGCUCGCCAAUGACACCUUUUGGUGUAUUUUAAUCGCUACCUUACAUAAGUACGGCAGAGUGGCCCUGUGAUGUCAACGCCGUGCGACGUCAACAACAAUGGCGAGCUACUAGUUGAUUUAUUUUUGUAUUUAGAAUUUUACAAAUUUUAUUGAAACGAAAACAUUAAGAGGGGUUUUAAUAUUAUUGUAACUCGUACUAACAUUUAUCUUUUAAGAACUACGUCUUUCUAUCCGAGGUACCCUUUAACAAUUGUAUUUUUAAAAUAGUGUCGUCAAUUCAUGACUAACGUGUCCAUGUUUUCACCUCAAUAUAGCAUCAGUAUUCCAUCAAAAAAUAUAUCCGUUUGUUUAAAACCAUGUCAUUUGGCAGAUUACGAUAAACAAUAACGGUACUUACUUUGUAUCAAAAAUAUUGAGGGAAAAUCUCGUGUCCAAGCACGCUGCUUUCAUUACUGUUGCACUGUGUCAUAAUCUUUUUUUUUUUUUUAAAUUAAGUCUUUCUGAU